GAUUUCUAAACUUAUAAGUGCUGAAGAAUGGCGUCCAGUUCAGUGAGUGAUUUGAGGAUUGUUCUGCUGGGAACGAAUGCUUCAGAAAACAGUCGAGUGGGGAACUUCCUGUUAGGAAGAGCAGCGUUUGAGACUGAAGAACCUCCAGAUGUUGUACAGAGAGUUGGAGGAAAACACAUGACAGUCAUCAACACUCCAAACAUCUCACUCCAUCAGAUGACACAGAGAGUGAGAGAGUGUGUGUCUCUGUCUGCACCAGGACCUCAUGUGAUCCUUCUGGUACUGAAACAUGAUCAGUGUUCAAGAGAAGAGAAAGAGUGUGUGGAGAUGCUGCUCAACUCUUUCUCUCACACUGUUUAUCAACACACCAUGAUGAUCACCACACACGAGUCACACACUCAAGUCAAUGACAUUAUACAGGAAAUCAUUCACCAAUGCAACGACAGACACUUCAGACUGGAGAGAAACAGCACUCCUGCUCAACUGAUGGAGAAAUGUGAAGAGAUUGUACACAGUAAUGGAGGACAACAUCUGAUUUGCAAAGAAACAGAAUCAAUAAAAGGACAAAACAUUCCUGUAAACAUCCAGGACACUCCUUACAGUCGAUCAGACAGAAGACUUGUUCUCCUGGGGAAGAGUGGUGUUGGAAAGAGUGCGGCUGGAAACACAAUACUGGGACAGAAAGUGUUUGAAUCUGACAUGAGAAUGAAAUCAGUAACCACCAAGUGCUCAGAUAAUAUAGUCACUGUUUCAGGCAGAAAUGUGUCUGUAGUUGAUACACCAGGAUUCUUUCACACUGACAUGAAUCAUGAAGAGUUAAUGACAGAAAUAGCGAGAAGUGUUUAUUUAUCGAGUCCUGGGCCGCACGCUUUUCUCAUCGUGUUUUCUGUGAAUGUCAGAGUCACACAGCUGGAAAAAAAGAUUUAUCAGAUGAUUGAAACACUGUUUGGAGAGGAAGUGUUAAAAUACUCCAUCAUUCUCUUCACUUAUGGAGAUCUGUUAGAAGAACAGUCAAUCGAGGGACUCGUUGAACAAUAUCAUACAUUAAGAUCUGUAGUUGAUCAGUGUGGAGGCAGAUAUCACGUGUUUAAUAACAAUCAUCAGAAUAACAGAGAUCAGGUGACUGAACUACUGCAGAAGAUUGACACAAUGAUACAGCAGAAUGGAGGAGGACAUUACACUAAUCAGAUGUAUCAAGAUGCUCAGAGAUUUAAACCAGAGGAGGAAGGGAGGAGAAGACAUAAUAAGGAGAGACAAUGGCAAGAAGAGAUUGAGAGUGUGAUAAAAGAGACAGAGGAAAGAGUCAGGGCAGAGUAUGAAGCUCGUUUGAGGUCUGAACUCGAAACAAUUAAAACACAGACAGAGGAAGAGGAGAGACAGAGAGGGAAGAGGAGAGACUGAGAGAGGAAGAGGAGAGACUGAGAGAGGAAGAGAGAAAACGGGAGGAAAAUCAAAGAGAAAAGGAGAUUGAGAGAGUGAGAAAGGAGACAGAGGAGUACUAUGAAAGGAGAAAAAAUAUUCAGCAGUGCUCAAUACACUAAGUUGCCCUCAGUGAGUGUUUGCUGAUAUUUCAUAAUCGUUGCGAUUUGCGUAAUCCUUUAUAAAACAAAAUGAAAAAAGUUGUGUUGAUUUUAUGAAAUAGUACACAAUUACAUAUCAAUCCAGUAUUAAAACAACAUAUAACAAACACAAGCUAUGUAGAACUAAAUCAAAAUAAAAGAUUGCGGAGCAACACUAGAGCACAUGGAGCCAAACUUUUAGUCGGUGCACUAGAAACUGCGGAUCAGUGGUGUGUUUCCCGAACAACAUAACUCGCUGCUUAACCACCAUAAUACGAUGCGUCAUUGGAGAAAUUAACUAGCUAGUCAAGACCGUUUCCUGAAUCCAUAGUAACUAUGUCGCACAUCCGUCUUUCAAACCACAUUGGUUCAACAAAAUGGCUCUGUCCUUAAUGAUGUCAUGCAGGGGUGGAGUAAAAACUUCUGGGAAAAUUCAAUUAUAAUAGCUCAUAUACACAUACACCAGAAAGAAGUUUAAUGCAAGAAAGCUGCUGAGGACACAAGAUCGGCGUGUAACGGGUAAUGAGACAGAUGCAUUGCGCUACAAUAGACGUGUUUCCCUCUAUAGCAGACAUUUAUUUAGAGGAGAUCAUCCCUAUGCCGUAUUCCUGUCAAAGCCUUUACCAUCCACUGUGAGAGCAGCAGAGGGCUGAAGGAUGUGGGGCACCAAAUAUCAGUCAUUUGGAAUUCACUUUUUAAGACCUUUAUAUUGAAAAUCCAGUUUUAUCCCAUUUGGAAUGCAACCAAAAAUGGCACUCAUGUGUUAACAUGGAAACAGAACCCGUGUUCUCCGACAAAAAACACUUGUGUAAAAGUGCUUUCUCUUAACAGGAUUUGUAAGCACUUAAACGACUACAUUCGCGUUUGCAUAGCAUCAUGUAAAUGUAAUUGUUCUGCACUUAUAUAGCACCUUUUUAACCUUAGCGGUUUACACUGUGACUCAUUCACCCGUUCACACACACACACACACCAAUGAUGGCAGAGCUGCAUGCAAGGUGCUAGCCUGCCAUUGGGAGCAACUUGGGGUUCAGUGUCUUGCCCAAGGACACUUCGGCAUGUGGGCCGGGAUUUGAACCACCAACCCUGCGAUUAGUGGCCCACCUGCUCUACCGCCUGAGCCACAGCCGCCCUAAAAAUCAGAAUGGCUUUCUGCAAAACUCAGAAUAAGUAUUUUUUUUAAAUGCCUGUAAACGCGAUCAAAGUCUUUACAGAAUUAAAGAUAUGCAUUUACAAUUUACAUUUAUGCAUUUGGCAGACACUUUUAUCCAAAGCGACUUUGGACAGUGCAAGUUACAAAUUGCCCAAAUAAAAAUUUGUUUUCAACAAUGAUCUGAAAGAUGCGGAUAACGUGAAUAUGUGAGUGGUGAUGUAAACUGAGGUAACAAUGUCACAUUCAGACAGCCACACUGCACUUUUUUACAUAGUACAAACACUUAAAUGUUGAGAUGUGGGGAUGGUAUUGUGAAUGUUAGGUUACAAGGUUGUGAAUUUUGUUAAAAUGUGUACCUGUCAUGACAAGUCAUUUCAUAAUUACACUUACAGUAUGACAUCAUAUGGAUAGAAUAGGCUACAUUAAAUGUAUACAUUAAAAAACCGUAUCUAUACAGUUUAGUGCAGAAUGUGGAUACCCCUUUUGUUUUAUAAGUUCCCACACCCCUUACAGAAUGUCUAAAAAUAUAAGAUAUUAAAGAUCAUAUUUUCUUAUCUAAAUCUACAUUACACAAACUGUACUGUAAUGUACACAAUCCUGUUCAAAAGCUUGCAUCCGCUUGGUUCUUCUUGUGCUUCUUCUUGAACAUCAACGAUUGUUUGCACUUUUUGUAAUAGUUGGAGUCCGUUAAUUGUCCUACGUGUCAAAAGCUGGAUGUCAAUAUCAUAUAUCCCUGUUGGGAAGAACUCAAAUAUGCAGAAGGUGCUGGGAACACAAUACAGUACAUCAGUUGCGGGAUGUUUCUUCAGAAAUGUGGGCAGCUUCACUGCUCGGGACAAAGCAGGAACUCAUGAACAAUUAUUACACUAACAGUCGACGAUCAUCAAUGAAGCAGCACACAAUAUUAAAAACCAAUGAAUGUAAAGUUUUGUACUGUAAUUAAGAAACAUACAUAGUGCAGUCUCAAAAUAUUUUAAAGAAAGAUUCUAUAUUUGCCCGCUGUACCGAAACCGUACCGAGCUGUGACCCCAAAACAGAGGUACAUACCAAACUGUUCAUUUGUUAUACUGUUGUUGUCCUGAUGUACAGUAUAUGCCGUUUUACUCAUGACAUGGCAAAGGGAAACAGGCACAUACUGUCAAACAGCCUUCUCAGGUACAAAUUUCAUAAUAACACAGGAAACAAUUUGACAGAAGAAAUUAAAAAUGUUUGAAUUGUGAGCAAACUGCACUUAUAGGAAGACACGUUUAGCGUUCAAACACGCAUUCUUCCCCCAUAAGCAUUAAAGGUACUUCUGCUACAGGCUUGCAUGACUUCAGUAUAUAUUUCUCUCAAAUUACACUUUUCACUUAUGUAUAAUCAGUUUUACAAUGAUUCACAAUGUAAUUUACUGUGUUGUUUAAUGUUGUUAAAUGUCAUGUUGAUUGAAAAAAUAAGCAAUUCAAUAUACCGAGGGUUUAGGGGGAUGUGUGCUUUUUGUUUUUCCCCUUGUCUUUCCCCUGUUUGUGCCAUCAGUUGUACAGCUAUGGGGUCAUCCGCCCAGAGCCACCUAUCACGGAUGUUUUGCCCCAUUAAUCCUAGUAACCAUACAUUAACGCUCAUAUUUUGGGACCAUAACAUCGUAGAGAUAUGGGAGUUUUACCCUUGCAACUGCUUGGAAGCCACAUAGUGACCACCCAGAACACCGUAGCAACCACCCAGAACACCCUAGCAACUGCCUAACAAUCACACUAAUCUAUCACACUUUUCUAUCUAUCUAUCUGUCUGCCUGUCAGUCCGUCCGUUCAUUCAUCCAUUACCCUAAAACCAGCAUAAGAGUAUAAAGGUCAUCAUACAAUA